UCUAGCGAAGGGGCAAGGGCCAGCAAGCAAGAAAAACCGCUUUGGUGCUUCUGCGCAGGCGCCCUUCCUGGCGGCGACUGAGCUCUUUCCGCUUCACUUCCGCAGACGUCAGUGGGCGGUGCGGAGGUCGUACCGCGCCUGCGCUGCGCAGCCUAGACCGGAAGCUGAGCGCCGAACGCGAACCUGCGCAAAGAUGAACCCUUUAACUAAGGUGAAGCUGAUUAACGAGCUGAAUGAGCGAGAGGUCCAGCUUGGGGUGGCGGAGAAGGUAUCCUGGCAUUCUGAGUACAAAGACAGCGCCUGGAUCUUUCUAGGAGGGCUUCCUUAUGAACUGACUGAAGGAGAUGUCAUCUGUGUCUUCUCACAGUAUGGGGAAAUUGUUAAUAUUAAUCUUGUACGAGAUAAGAAAACUGGGAAAUCCAAAGGAUUCUGUUUCCUCUGUUAUGAAGACCAGAGAAGCACAAUUCUGGCCGUUGACAAUUUUAAUGGAAUUAAGAUUAAAGGGAGAACUAUCCGCGUGGACCAUGUGUCCAACUAUCGGGCUCCUAAGGAAUCAGAUGAAAUGGAUGAUGUGACCAGACAGCUCCAGGAGAAGGGCUGUGGGGCUCACACACCCCCACCAAGUUCGUCUGAGGGCUCUGAAGAUGACAAACCCACAAAGAGUAAAAAAGACAAAAAAGAAAAAAAGAAAAAAAAGAAAGAGAAGACUAACCAGGAGGAACAGGCAAGGCAACCACCUUCCUCUUCACCUCCCAGAAGCAGAAUGGUAAAGGAAAAGGAUGACUUUGGCCCUAAGAAGUAUAGCAGCAAGACCCUGGAGAGAGAGAGGGUUCAGAAUCCGGAGUCCAGAGUGGGGAGGAAGCAGUACCCAGGCUCCCUUGAGGUCAGCACUUCCUGCCAUGGUAGAGCAGAGGACCCAGAGAAAGUGCCAAGAAAGGAGAAACUGAGGCAUGAGCACAAGUUCUCGAGCAGGAGGGAAGUGAGAGAAGACAAGAACAGGGAUCGAGACAGAGGGCGAAGCUCAGAUACACAUUCCAGCCGGCGCAGCGGGUAUUCUGAAGGGCACAGACAUAGAAGUAGAAGUAGGAGUCGAGGUAAAUCCCAUACACAUAGAAAGGUCCAUCACUCUCAGGAUCGGGAGGAGCAGGAGCGAGAGCGAGAAUCCUCUAAUCCCAGAGACCGCAGGCGUCACUGAAGUCUCCUUUACCUGCCCAGUUGAUUUAAAUAUGUAAGGAAGUUCAGUGCUGCUGUUAAUAUUUCUAUAUAUAAUGAAUUCUUUUAAUCUCAUGCAUAGAUUCAUUGAGAGAGCUGUAGUUUCAACAGCCAUACAUCUGAAUUUUUUUUUUACUCUGAGCAGUUGUCCCUGGGAAUACCCCGGGAACUUUAGAGUAUGUGUCCUAAAUUCUGGUUUGUAAACAUGGCACUUGAACCCAUAGACCCUAGUUUUAGAUGAAAUUACCAGGAAAGGGAAAACACUAGAAUUCUAGUCUUUAUGUUAGAUGUUUAGAACUGAACAAUAGAACCUUUCCAGUUAGUAAGGAAGUGUGGCUUACUAGGUUCAGGUUCUUUCAUGUGGCUGUGAUAAGAUCUUAAGAACAGCCAGUUCCCAACCCUUUUGAAAACAGUUUUUUAUUAAAAAUAAAAGGCAGAAUGAAACCAAAAACAAAUAGAAGAAAAUAAUAAAGACCAGAAAAUGCAAUCCCUUGUCAAUCUGUCAGCAUCAUUUUUCAUAUAGAUUACAUUUUGAUUCUUACAUUUCUGUAAAAAUACAAAAGACUCAGAAUAGUCUAAAUAACUUUGAUAAAGGAACAAAACUAAAGCUUUAACCCACCGCAGUCCCACAACUUAGCACAAAGUUACACCAAUGAUGAGAAAACUGCAUUGAUACAAAGAUAGACAAACUACCAGAGUACCAGUGUAAAAUCCAAAAAUAGAUACCCACAUAACAGACAAUUGAUUUCUGGCAAAGUUGUAAAAGCAAUUAAGUGGAGAAAGGAUUGUACCCUCAAAUAUACUGGAAGAGCUGGAUAUCCACAUGCAGAAAAAAGUAUAGCACAUCAAAAAUUUCUUAAAACAUUCAAAAGUCAACUCAAAAUGGCUCACAGUGGGUUAAAGUGAAGGCAGGUAUGGCCUGAGUCAUUGGCUGAAGUCAUUCUGGGACAAAAUUGAAAACAGUUUCUAAAUGUUUUUUUUUUCAUAUUGUGUGUGUGUGUGUGUGUGUGUGUGUGUGUGUGUGUGUGUGUGUAUUUUGUUUCUGGUUGAUAUAUUUGCAUUUUUACUUUUGGUUUAUUUAUUGAUGUGAAAUUUGUCUAAAUAAAAGUAACCAUUUUAAUCAA